GGGAGCUGCUGCUGUGAAGAAAACAACAUUGGAGUUUUGAAAACGUCGAAUUCGUCAAUGUUACGGUCAGGUAACGAGUUUCAAGACAUUGGAAUCAGAAACAACACCCUUUAAUUUCAACCUGGAAUGCAUGACGGCUUGAGACCGUCUUUUCCCUACAACCUUGAGUUGUUCAUCGUCUACAACGUUGAGUUGUUCAUCGUCUACAACUUUGAGUUGUUCAUCGUCUACAAAGCCACAAUAAGUCUGCUACAAUUGUACAAAUUACAUCACAGGCUGUAGUGAGUGCUACUUGUAAAAACAUGUUCUCAUAAAGUCUCAUAUUUUCUCAAAAACAUUGUGAAUAACUCAAAUUAUGCAAUUGGAUAGCCAGGAGGACAAAAUGGCAGCAAUCCAGAAAGAAAAGCUGUAUAUUCCUAUGGUUGGAAGCGACCUGCCACCACAGAGCAGAACCGUGAUAUUUUUAAGUCAGUAUUGCGGGUAUGAUUCCUUUGAUGUAGUUCUUGUCCAGACUGCUACCCCUAAAAAGUCUAGCAAGGAUGAAGAAGAUUUUACUAAAGAUAAAACAAAAUCUGAUUCUUGGGACGGACCCACCAAUGAUGUUGAUGGCUCUUCUGUGUGGGAAAAGGCUAUUGAAGAGCCUUCUGGUGGAAUUUUAGAGGCUGUUGGGGAGCCUUCUUCUGGGAUGUCAAAGACUUCUGACUGUUUGGGUGGAUCUGCCAAGGCUGUUGAAGAGCCUUCUUGUGGAAUUUCAGAGGCUGUUGGGGAGCCUUCCUCUGGGCUGUCCAAGACUGCUGAAUGUUCUCCUGGACCUGCCAAUGCUGUUGAAGAGCCUUCUGCUACACCUAUGCUUGGACAUACUUUCAGCCCUCCAUCAGGAGAUGACUUCCAAGACUACAUGAUCAAAGACGUGGCCAGGAAGUUUUCAGAAGUCUCGUUGAAACCAACCUGUUCCGCUCUAAACCUGGAAUACACUUUGAAGGAUAUCAAGGACGUUGAUUGGCUUGUGCAGCAGUGUCAGCUACCAGCAAUUGUGGGAGCCGGAAGCUUGACGUGCUACUCUGGACUGUGUGCUGUACUGAGGUGAAUAGUUCAUAAAGGACAUGAACGUCACCAAGAUAAGAACCUAGAUGCCCUAUUGGGUUUCAGACAGUCUUCCCUGAAGAAGUGCAGCGAGGUCAGUCCAUGGACCAAACUCUGUGAGAUAGACAUCUAUCAAAAUCCCACAGCUGAAGAUGCCACCCCUGAAGGAAUCCUUCAGCUGGAGCACAGACUUGCAAGUUCCCCUGUACUGUCUUGUAAACUGACUAAGCUCAUCGGUAAGAAGAAACGUAAACUCAAGACCCCUCAAGAUAGUAAGGUAAGGCUGGAGGAAAUGCCAGACUCUGUCUUUCAAAGUGGAACUCUGAACUUGAUUGACAAGCGGAAAAUGAAAACGGCCAAGCAGUUGCACAAGGAACGAGUCCGUCAAAGUAAGAAACUUUUGGGGCAAUCGGAAAAUCCCAACAAUCGGAAAAAUGAUCCUGGUUUGAAAGAUAAGGAGAGUGAAUCGAGGGCGGAGUCUGCUGGUGACAGAGCCUGCGCAUCGUUGAAUGAUCGUCAGACUCCUACUGAUGAUAGAAAGGUUGACAACGAGAAGGGAACAACUCUGGUUGCAUCACACAGUCGAACUAAAGAACUUGAACAUCAUGCAACCCAAGAACAUUGUGGCUCUUCAUCAAAUGAGACACCUUGCACUGUGGAAAAACAACCUAGCACUGAUCAGCUAGCAGCUGGCGUUAGAACAAUGACUCAAGAGCAACCCUAUGACCAAGAUAAAGAACAACUACUUGAAAUUCUCACACCAUCUGAACAAAUUGGUUCUGCAACGUGUAAAUCAGAAAAAUCUUCUGUGGAAUUACAAGCGGCGACAAGAACAGAUGCGACAAGUCAUCAAACACGUAACAAACAGGAAAAAGCUCAAGAUUCCUCAGAUGGCCAAACUGCAGAGUCUCUACUCAGAGUUCUUUCAGCUAAAGAACGAAGUGCCACUAUUUCAGAUAAGACGAGUCCGGGUGCAGAAUUGCCACAUGCUGCUGUUGAGCCUCGGUUUGCUGAGGGUCCGUAUGUCACCCUUACAGACUUUGCACUCCUCCACUCCGUCCACUCUUACCUGCACGGUCGAUUGGAUAAGGUCAAAGGUGGUGACAUCUCCUGGGAUAUUCCAUUAGUGUUUAGGUGGUAUCGGAGGAUGUGGGAGGUGCCAGGUGUGAGGGACUGUGCAGAGAGGUGUGGAAUGAAGGAGGUCAUGGUUGCUGAUGGAUUGAGGCUGGUCGAUUGUAUAGCAGUGAAGACAACAGAGAGCAAAGUGGAGGAAGUUAAACCGGCCAAAAUAAAUAGUUCUACUCCUCAUGCGAAGUCCAAUCUCAAAGCUGUCGGGGAGAAACUGGAGUCAUGUGAGAUUAAGAUCGUUGUUGAGGAAUUCCCGUGCGAUGACAUCCAUCUACCCUGGGACGCAUUCCCAGCUGACAUAAACCCCUCCCAAGAUGUUUCUGAGGAUAGAGCAAGGCACAAACGGGAGCAGAUUGAGAGCUUGGUAGCAGCAGUCAAGACUCUUAGUAAACCAGGAGACAUCAUUGUUGACUUCUGCAGUGGUGGGGGUCAUGUUGGAAUUGUUCUUGCUCACUGUCUACCAGACUGUCACAUCAUCAUGGUGGAGAACAAUGAGGAAUCAGUGAAGCGUGCAGAGACUAGGGUACAGGGGACCAGACUGACUAACCUGUCUCUAUUUCAGUGCAAUUUGAAUUACUACACUGGAGUGUUUAACAUUGGGGUAGCCCUUCAUGCUUGUGGAGUAGCGACAGAUCUUGUCUUAGAGAAAUGUCUGAAGAGUUUAGCUUCUAUCGUCUGCUCUCCUUGUUGCUAUGGGUCGGCACGAGACUCUCAUCUUAUCAAGUACCCGAGGAGUCUAUGCUUCAGGAACUCACCUUUAAACUACGAGGAUCAUUUGUUAGUUGGUCACACUGCUGAGCAAACUUCCAGGAACUUUCAAACUGAAAUGGCUAAACAAGCUAAACUAUGCAUGUCAAUAAUUGACACUGAUCGUGCUGAGGCAGCAAGAGAACGAGGCUAUGAGGUACAUCUGUGCUCACUAAGCCCUCCUACAUGCUCCCCUAAGAACAACCUCCUGAUCGGUAAGCCUCUACUCCAUUGAUGCAGCUAGACUGUGAGGCAUCUACUUAGUCAGCCCAUCCACACUGAGGCAGCAAGAGAACGAGACUAUGAGGUACAUCUCUGCUCACUAAGCUCUCCUACAUGCUCCCCUAAGAACAACCUCCUGAUCGGUAAGCCUCUACUGCAAUGAUGCUGCUAGACAGUGAGGCAUCAGGCUGUGAGGUACUCAAUGGUUGACAUGGCCCACCUUCUUCCUAACCAAAGGGUACCCUCCUGAACAGUAAGCCUUCAUAGCACUGAAGCUACAAGAGACGAGGCUGUGAGGUGCUCAAUGGUUGACAUGGCCCACCUACUUCCUAACCAAAGGGUACCCUCCUGAACAGUAAGCCUUCAUAGUACUGAAGCUACAAGAGACGAGGCUGUGAGGUACUCAAUGGUUGGCAUGGCCCACCUACUUCCUAACCAAAGGGUACCCUCCUGAACAGUAAGCCUUCAUAGCACUGAAGCUACAAGAGACGAGGCUGUGAGGUACUCAAUGGUUGACAUGGCCCACCUUCUUCCUAACCAAAGGGUACCCUCCUGAACAGUAAGCCUUCAUAGCACUGAAGCUACAAGAGACGAGGCUGUGAGGUACUCAAUGGCUGACAUGCCCCGCCCUCUUCCGAACCAAAGGAACCUCCAUAGCACUGAAGCUCAAGAUCAGUUAUCUUCCGGAUCUCUGGUAAGCACAAAUCUCAUCAAAUUAUUGGAUAUAUUUGUCAAUAGAAUUGGCUUUGUGUUCAUGCUAUGGGAUGUGAGGUAGGUUGACCUAAAUGUACAUAUAGGUUAGCACGAACUUAAAAUUUUACAUGCACACAUUUGUUUUUAGCCUUCAGGGCCCAAUUUCAUAGAACCGCUUAAGCACACAAAUUUGCUUAGCGCUACAAAAUUAUGCUUACCAAAAUAAGGUUACCAGCCAGACUACCACGUAACAUGUUCAAUUUGUGAGUGGUAUCCUGCUUAUUUUGGCUUAGCAGAAAACCUUAAUGCAUUGUUGUCUGCUUAAUCAGCUCUAUGAAAUUAAGCCCUGGUCACAAACAUGUCUCCACCCCAGUUCAUACUUACUGCAAAAGCGAAUUGAAUGCGAUAUAAAUUUUGACGUCACAAAUUAUUCACAGGGAAAACGGAGCUGUGACGGCAUAAUUUGUAUCGCAUAAAUUUGCAGUGUAAAGGAGUGUGAACUGGGCUUUAGAUGCACGACGGCACUCAAGAUUAUUACACUAAUUCCAAAAUAAAUGUUAGCAUUUGAGAAAGACUCUGCUAGGGUCGGAACAUCAGGCCAUUAACUUUUUUUUUUGCAUUUUCUCAAGAUAUAAUAGCGUUUAGAGUUUUGGGGUUUCAUGGAAAACAUGUUUUGCUUUGAUAAUUAGGAUUUGAAACUAUGGAUGGUAAAGAU